GCAUUACGCCUUAAACCGAUUAGCUAAUUCUCUUCGAGCGGGUGUUGCUAACCGCCUUGUUUGUAGGAAUAAAAAUUUGUCAUUUUAAAGAUUUAAAUCUAUAUAUAUAUUUUCGGAAUAGGUCAGACAGCAGUCGGAUAUCUAGAACAUGCCAAAAAAUAAAGGUAAAGGAGGAAAGAACCGGCGACGUGGUAAGAAUGAGAACGAAUCGGAGAAGAGGGAGCUGGUGUUUAAAGAGGAUGGGCAAGAGUACGCUCAGGUGAUAAAGAUGCUGGGAAACGGCAGGCUGGAGGCCAUGUGCUUCGACGGCGUCAAGAGGCUUUGUCACAUCCGAGGAAAACUCCGGAAAAAGGUUUGGAUCAACACAUCAGACAUCAUCCUCAUAGGCUUGAGAGAUUAUCAGGACACGAAGGCAGACGUUAUUCUGAAGUACAACGCUGAUGAGGCUCGGAGUCUGAAGGCGUAUGGAGAGCUUCCAGAGCACGCCAAAAUCAACGAGACGGACACGUUCGGACCCGGAGACGACGACGAAAUUCAGUUUGACGAUAUCGGAGAUGACGACGAGGACAUCGAUGAUAUCUAACACGGAGCUGCUGCUAAGGAGGAAGUGGACUCUGGUCCGUCGGCGGAGACGGGAAGCCUAGAGUCACGGACCCUGCGGAUCGGAUUUAGGGCUUUCGUCACUAACUAAACGACUGCAUCACAAUUCACUAUACAUUGUUAGUUUUUAAUGUAUUUAUAAUAAUUUCACACCAAGUGGAAUUUAGUUGAAGAAUCUCUGGAUUCGCAAUAAAAACGAACAAUUUUA